UUCGAUGUUGGCGACAGCAGGUGCUAGAAAAGUGUCAACACAGGAUAAUGUCUUCGUUCACAGAUUCCAGUUUAGUGAAGAAGUUUGGAGAGCUUAAUAACACACAGCAAAGUAUCCAGACAUUAGCACUUUGGUUGAUACAUCACAGGAAACACUCUAAGACUAUUGUACAGACAUGGUACAGAGAGCUUGAGAAAGCAAAACCAAGCAAGCGUUUGACAUUCAUCUACCUAGCCAAUGAUGUUAUUCAGAAUAGCAAGAAAAAGGGACCAGAAUUUAGUAAGGACUUUGGCCACAUUCUGCCUGAUGCCUUUACUCAGGCCUCCAAGGAUGCUGAUGAGAAAAUGAAGGCCUCGUUACAGCGUGUGAUAUCCAUCUGGAAAGAGCGGGGAGUCUAUGAGAAGUCUUUCAUCAAACAGCUGAAGCGCUGUUCUGGUGGCUCUCACGGUGCCUCCACUCCUCCAGCCCCGUCAACAACUCACCCCGACACACCCAAACCACCGGUGAAGAGGCAGACGUCAGAGACAACUGUUGUCAAAGCUGAACCAAAAAAGGUGAAGAAGAGUGAACCUGAGUUUUCCUUGAGGCAGGAGGUGGAGGCAAUGGGUCAGCAGCUUCCUGAAAAUGUGGACGCUGAAGACCUUGUUCAGCGUCUGUCUGACCUUGAGAACUCUGCCUCAUGUGACGCGUCAGUCAGAGAGAGGAUUGCCGCACUGCCCCCGGAGGUCUCUGACAUCACUCAUCUCGACAAAACACAAGAUCGGGAAUCUGCUGAAAAGUUGUCAGAUAAAGUAGACGAGGCAGCAUUGCUGCUGAACGACUACAACCGACGCUUGGUGGCCGAGCUGGAAGAAAGGAAAAAGGCUGCACGCAUGCUGCGCUCGUUUAUCUUGUCACAACAGGAGCAUAUUAAAGUUACUGAGAAGAAUCUGCAGGAUUACAAAGACAAGCUGGAUAAAGUGACCAGUGUCCGCCAGGAGCUCUUGUCCCACAUCCAGAAGUUGCCAGACUUGACUCUCCUCCCUGACGUCACGGGCGGGCUGGCUCCUCUCCCGUCUGCCGGCGACCUCUUUUCCAUGCCGACCUUAUGACCUUGUAACUGGUUGUGUCUGUGUUGGUCUGGUGGUGCUUGAGUGAGUCACGUGUAGCGUUGUGUUGAAGGAAUGAAUGUUGUGAGGGCGGAGAGCAAUGUGUAUGUGGAUAUGUAUAUGGCUGAGCGUUAUGUUGAGGGAAUGAAGAGCAAUGUGUAUGUGGAUAUGUACGUAGUUGAGUGUUAUGUUGUGGGGAUGAAUGUAGUGAGGGCGGAGAGCAAUGUGUAUGUGGAUAUGUAUAUGGCUGAGCGUUGUGUUGAGGGGAUGAAUGUUGUGAUGGCUAGCAGUGGCAAUGAUGUGAAUGUAGACAUCUUUAACUUAGGUUCUUAUGAUACAAGUAUUCUCAGCGGCUGACAAUGGAAUGAUUAAAUACAGCAUAAAGAAAAUGAAAUACUACGUGAUAUAUCCUAGCAAGGAGGUUAGUUUCACUAUAUGACAACAAUCAUAUGCAAUGCACAACAUAAUUCAGUUACAGUGGAUAUCAUAUAUAACAGGCCUGGCAAUAACAAGGAUCCGGUAAUAACAGGGAUGUUUUAAAUCCCCUUUUUUUCCUGCUCUUUGUCUCUAAUAUAAGUUAACGGCAAUAACAGGGCCUCAUCGGAGCCCAAUCGGUUAUAGCAAGGACAAAGGCUCGCUAACAAUGUGUACAAAAGUAAGAGAGAGAGAGAGAGAGUACCGCAGUGAUGGAGCAAGCCCACGCAAGCCACGCCACUGCAAGCACACACAGCGGGUGAAGCAAGAGACGGCUGAGAUGUGCUGUAGAUUUCGAUCUAGCCCUAUGCCUAGCCACACCCACACAUAAUGUGUCAUUCGCAGGCCUCCCACAUGGCCACAAGAGAAGGGCAUAUGCCUGAAGCCAACUGGUUCCCACUUGUGCCUCUCAUUGAAAAAAAAAAAAGAAAGAAAGAAAAAAA